UGGAAUGGAACACUUAUAAAAGGCACGUUUUAUGACCAACAUGUUCAAAAGGUGGUACUCCCCGAUGAGGCGUUAUUUUGGGUGGAAAAAGUGUUAAAACGAAAAGGAAAUCAAGUGUUUGUUGCGUGGAAAGGGUGGCCCAAAGAGUAUAACAGUUGGAUAUGGAAAAAAGACUUGCAAGUACUAUGAAUGAAUUUCGUAUUACUCUCAUCAGUGAUCCCACUGAUGAAUUUCCCAACAAUAAAAACAACAAUUUUAAAGUCCGUUUACCCACCAUAUUGAAUUUACCGGGAGACACUUGGCAAGCGAGUUUAUGGAGUGUCUCCGUGGCUGACGAGGGACAUAGUCCCACCGUUCUUUCCUCUAAUCAGGAUAUAGGGUUAAUCAAAUAUCGUUAUACAUUCACCCAACGUUAUCAAGCAGCGGAUAAUUCAUGGUUGGUGGACUUUAAAGCCAGAGUCAAAGAGGUGACCUUAAAGGACGUGAUG